AUGAAAAGAAGACGCAUUGAUCCGCAAGAUGCCCCUGCUGCGCAAUUCAAUGAAUUGCAAAAUAUCCGUGGAAUGACCAACAAUGCUCGCAGAGAAGUGGUGGCAGCAUACACUGCUACAACCACAGGACGCCAAGGAAGGAUGGCUGCGGCCGCCACACAAGUAUAUAGCAACUCUCUUGAAGCUCUGCGAUCCGUGACUUUGCCAGCUGCAGAAGACAAUGGGAAAGGCAUCCAAAUAUAUUUCUUUUCACUUGCGGACCAACUGGCAGCAAAGGUCGACAGGUGCAAGCUCUUCUGUGAGUCGCUGCGCAGAUGCAGAGAUGCACUGGCAGACAACAAAUUAGAAUUAAUUUGCUAUGUCGACGAAUGCACAGCGGGUAACGUGGUGCAUCCGGAUCCGCAACGCAAAGCCCACUUGCUUUACAUCAGUUUUGUUCAGAUGCCGCUUCUCAGUCGUGAAACUCAAUGGCUGACCAUGUCCGUCUUGCGAACGGCUGAGAUGCAACGGGUCAAAGGCGGCAUCGCCACUGCACUCCGUGUGAUUUUGGAAUGUUGGCACGAUGAAUGUGAGACCGGUAUUGCUCUUGAUCUUGGAAACGGGCCACGCAUGCACUUCAUUGCAAAAGUACUGCUGCUGGCAGACGCAGAAGGCUUACGAGCCCUGUCAGGGACCAAAGGAUCAUCCGGAACAAAGCCGUGUGGACUCACACUUGCUCAACUUCGCGCGUGCUUCAAUGAGAAGCUCCUGAAGAAAGAUGCAGACUACAGAGGGGACGCUGAUCAAACCAUGGCUGCGUUCCCGUUGCUGGUGCAAUUCCAAGAAGAAAUUUUGCGUGGACAAGUUGAUGGCCUUGACAAAGAGUUUGACUCCUUGCUUGCGCUAUCCGCGGUGGUGCACAAAUUGCAAAAAUGCAAAAGGGCAGGAGACUCAGUUGAAGGCCUGCUCCAGCUACAAGAAAAACAUUUAUGUGCCUUUCAAAAGGCCUAUGACAAAACAAAAACAAGACCCAAACAACACUACUCGCUACAUUUGGAAGAACAAGCCCGAAUGUGGUCAGGACGUAUUUUGGACACAUUUACGCCUGAGCGCAAGCACCGCGUGUUCAAAAGCCAAGAGUUGGACGAGCGCCCAAGCGAAGUCCCUGCAUUGGAGGUACAGUGA